AUGACGCCAAAUCGCGAGCCUAGCGGCCACCUCCUCUAUCUCUCAACGUGUUGUAGUGAAAAGAAAAAAAAAUCUGCUCACACGCCGACUCGCACGCACGACGCGACAUCCCGCCUGCUCGCCGCCGUCACCAUCACUAGCCGCGCUGCGUGGGAGCGGGAGGAGGCGGAGGCGGCGCCUGCGCACGCGUGCAAGCUCGCGUCCAGAUCCGCGGUGAGGAGUGGUGCUCCCCGUCGUCCAGGUCCGCUGGGCAGAGGAGAUCCAGCGGCUGGCUGGCUCGCCGACGCGGUUCUUGCUGCCGCCGCUCACCGCGUGGGCACGCUCACCGUCGCCGCGCACUGCUCCUGGGCCGCCAACACCUACUACCAGAACAACAAGGCCAGGGGCGCCACCUGCGACUUCGGCGGUGCCGCCACCAUCUCCACCACCGACCCCAGUUUCUCUGGGUGCACAUUCGCUUCCAGUGCCACCAGAUGUCAAGGUUUGGAACUAGAGCUCGUCGAUGGUGGGAUGAAGAGGACGAAUCUGAUGUUGACGAUCUCUUCAUCAUUGCUGGUCUUCUUGAGGGCUCCAAAAGAAACAAGCGCAAGAAAAAGUUUCGUGGAUCGUUGCCGGGUCGCCGCAAAGUGCCUUCUACCAGGACUACUUCGCGGACCAGUGUGUAUACAGUGAGAUUGAGGAUAGGUCUUUACAUGAGCGACUUCGUGAUGAUCUUGUAGAGCACUUGUGGGCAAUUCAUAGCUCUAGGUAGUUAGUGAUUUACUAUGCAUGUAAUCUCUAGUUCAGAUGUGUAGUUCUCUGAAUGUAAUCCCUAGUUAGUGAUUUACUAUGCACAUUUUAUUUCAAACCAUGUUGUUGAAAUACUAUGCUGUUACCAUUACAAUUAUUGAAAUACUAUGUUGUUACCUUGGAUGGUU